AUUGUGUGGAUUGCAACAAGGAGGGGCAUGCAGCUCUUUGCUCUUAGCGUGCCUCAGACUCGUCGGACCUGUGCUACGGCAUCUCUGCUGUUCUAAGCUGUGACUCGCCUUGUCUCCUACGUCUUGUCAUGCUCAACGCUUCAUGCGCUCAAAGGACUCGGGCGACCGGGGAGACUACGAGAGGGGCGUGAUGGCCAGACGCGCUCUGACUCCUUGGUUUACCUCCGUCAGGAAUUCUUCUGGUAUCUUCUCUCCAUCCACCUCAGCCGUAAUCCAUGUCCUUCCUGUCUGCCUGCCACACGUGAGGCUUGAGGAAUGGCAAUGAGAGCUCAUGAUCCAGAUCCCUGGCUGCACUCUACCGUGCUUCUUUGAGCUGGACCCCAUGAGCGACAGCGGCGCCCUGCAGCAACGCACCACCUACCUCAUCUCCCUCACCUUGGUUAAGGUAGAGGCAGUGGAGGAGAAUGGAGGGGAGGUCCAGAGCAGCGCCUCGGAGAGGGACGCCACAGCGAGAUCGGGGACCCAGUCAGCGGAGAGCCAGGGAGGAGAAAGGAAGGUGGAGACUGAAGCACAGAGUGAAGCUGGAGAAACUCAGGCCCAAACCUUGGGUGCUGAGGCUCCUGUUUUUGUCAAAGGGGUUAAAUCACAUGAAGUCAAAGAAGAAGGGAGGAAACCUCUGAGCGAGUUAAAAGAUGACUCAUCCUGCGCUGUUGAUGCCCCCAGAACUAUCUGUGAGAAACCACUGUGCAAACUUUCUAUCCCCUUACAACCUGAGAGAGCCAUGACUCCCAAGUCGGCGGACACAGACGCAACUCAAGAAGAGAAGACAUAUUGCGCACCGGAAACAAAGCAACCUUGGCCUCCUUUUCUGCCCAAUACACCUCCAACAGAGACUCUUGAACCUGUUCGUACCCCAACCAGAACCAGCCUGCCCAUCCGUCCUGUAGGUCAGAGGCCCGUGAGUCUGCUCAAGUCUCACAGCAGCGUGGCCACCCGUGGCCGGGAGCCCAGGGAGGGUCGCGAUCGCAGCCCGACCUCGGCGCAGAGUCUGGAUCGAAAGGACUGCCGAAUGCCCACACGCUCCCCUGGCCCCUGCAGGGCCUCGUGGGCCGAGGCCAGCCGGACCGAAAUAUGGAGGGACAUGCGGGAUGAGGUCCAAGCUGGGAUACAGCUGGAGAUUGGAGGCGGGGUGGCCGCAAUGCUCAGAGACAUGCCUCGCAAGGACAGACUUAAGUCAGGUUCAACCUCCCUACCUGUACCUGCUACCCAGGCAAGCAAAGCUCCACGUAAAGGCAAAAGUCGCACGCUGGACAACAGCGACCUGAACAGUCUUUCUGAAGACCUGGCGCUGAGCCGGGAGGCCCAGCAGGGCCAGCGGGGCGCCUCAAAGGAUAGGAAGAUGCUCAAAUUCAUCAGUGGCAUUUUCACAAAGAGCAAUUCCGCUUUGGCCGGGUCAUCCACAACGACUGCUCCUGUCUUCAUUCAGAGGGACUCCAGUGAAGAGGAAGUAAACAUCGCCAACAGCCAGGAAUGGAGCCUGGGCAGAUCCAUCCCAGAGCUGAGAUUGGGCAUUCUGGGAAGUGUGAAAAGUGGCAAGUCGGCCCUGGUGACCAAAUACAUCACUGGCAGUUAUGUUGCGCUUGAGAAACCCGACGGUGGCAGGUAUAAAAAGGAGGUGCUUGUGGACGGACAGAGUUAUUUAUUACUGAUCCGAGAGGAAGCCGGGCCACCCGACGCGCAGUUCAGCGACUGGGUGGACGCAGUGAUUCUGGUGUUCAGUCUGGAAAACGAAGGCAGCUUCCAAGAGCUCUACCAGUUCUACAGCCAGCUUGGCUCGCUGCGCGCGGGCGUCCCCGUCAUCGUUGUUGGCACUCAAGAUAAAAUCACCAGCAGCAACCCACGUGUGAUCGAGGACCAAAGAGCCCGCCAGUUGUGUAUCGACGUGCGUCACUCGCUCUUCUACGAGACCUGCGCCACCUACGGUUUCAAUGUCGAUCGAGUAUUCUUGGAGGCUGCCCAGAAAAUUGUCGCCCAGAAGAAGCAGGCGGCGCUGCAGGCCUGCAAGUCUCUCCCCAACUCUCCCAGUCACUCCGGAAGCUCCACGCCUGGCUCGGCCUCCUUCCCUGGACAGGUCACUAAUGGCGUUAGUGGCGGCUACGCUUGCUCCCUCCCCUCCACCCCCAUGCUCGGUCACAGAGAGCUGAGGGUGGCGCACGGGGAGGGAGGCGGCAGCUCUCGUUCCCUGAAGAGCAUCCCUCGAAGACCUUCGCUCUUCAAGAACCGGGACUCUGAAAGGAGAGGUGCUGACGCCAAAGGAGACGCGAGCGGCACUCGGGCCAUCCCCAUCAAACAGAGCAUCCUGUGGAAAAGAAGUGGCAGCUCUCUGAACAAGGAGUGGAAGAAGAAAUACGUCACUCUAUCCAAAAACGGCACGCUGUGCUACCACUCCAGCUCCAGCGACUACAUGCAGAAUGUGCACGGGAAGGAAAUCGAUCUGCUGCGCGUGACCGUGAAGGUCCCGGGAAAACGUCCUCCGAGAGCCGUGGCGCCCGUGCCCUCGCCUGUCCCUCCUGCCUCAUCUGGCGUCAACGGGCUCAGUAAAGAGCUGGCGGCUGCCGAGAGCACCAGUACAGUCCCUCAGUUGUGUCCUUCCACCCUUUCCGUGCUCGAUGACCGCUCUGCCGGAGGAGAGCGAGGCCUUCAGCGCUGCGUCUCGUCUUUGUCCACCAAAGCACAAAGCGUCGAUGCCCUUGAGGGGGCAUCGGGACCGUUUUCUGGAAAAGAUGCUGGCCAAUCCUCUCCCAUGAGUGACCGCAAGAAGAACAGGAGGAAGAAAAGCAUGAAUCAAAAAGGAGACGCGGCCGUCGGGCAGGCCGAAGAUGAAGAAAACGCCGACUUUAUCGUGGUGUCGUUUAACGGACAGACGUGGCACUUUGAGGCUCCCAGUCUGGAGGAGAGGGACUCGUGGGUGUCGGCCAUCGAGAGUCAAAUCUUGGCCAGCCUGCAAUCGUGUGAGAGCGGCAGAAACAAGGCACGACGCAGCAGCCAGAGCGAGGCAGUAGCAUUGCAGGCCAUCCGUAACACCAAAGGCAACAACUUGUGUGUGGACUGUGAAGCCCCAAACCCCACUUGGGCCAGUCUCAACCUGGGCGCACUGAUUUGCAUCGAGUGCUCGGGAAUCCAUCGGAAUCUGGGUACCCACCUUUCUCGGGUGCGCUCGCUGGACCUGGACGACUGGCCCGGAGAGCUCACGCAAGUGCUGUCCGCCAUUGGGAACUACACGGCCAACAGCAUCUGGGAGGGUCGCACUCUUGGCAGGGCCAAGCCCACCCCCAAUGCUUCACGCGAGGAGAGAGAGUCAUGGAUUCGUGCCAAGUACGAACAGCGGGCGUUUGUGCCGCCACUCCAGCCGCGUGCGGACGAUAAUAUGCCAGCACGGCUGCUUUCGGCGGUGACCGACCGAGACCUGGCGCGCCUCCUGCUGCUGCUCGCCCACAGCAGCAAGGAGGUCAUCAACGCUCAGCUGCCCCCCGCGGGCACGGCCCUGCACGCCGCCUGUCAGCUCGGCGACGUGGUCAUGACGCAACUGCUCAUCUGGUACGGAAUCGAUGUGAAAGCGAGGGACCACCAAGGCCAAACGGCCAUGAUGAUAGCCAGAAAAGGCGGAAGCAAAGGCUGCAUUGAUAUUUUGCUCCAACACGGCUGCUCCAAUGAGACUUCCCCCGCCGUCGCCACACCCGUCCUCUCCCGCCGCUCCAGCACCGCCAGCCUGGGUCGAAGCAGCCCCAGGAAACCCGUUCCGUAGCCUGGCCGUGGACGCUGACCUCGGAGUUUGGGAACUGUUGUCAAACUUUUAACACACUUGAGUGAUUGAGUAUUUUGCAGAGGUGGGGGACGCUAGUCACAUGACUUGACACAAGUCAGAUUUAACUCAUCCAUUUUAGGACUUGCGACGAUCCCGGCUAAAAAUGAUGAAAAGCUCGACUUUGACUCUACUUGACCUAGACUGCGUGUUUACAUUGGAAGAUGCACAAAUUUUAAGACAGUGUGUCACUUGUUUUGCUCUUGAAAGAAAAUUUAUUUGUGUGUGUGCGUGUGUGUGUUCCACACCAACUUGACACUCUUGUGAGCUAUGAUGACGCCACUUCCUGACGCUGGUGUCAUGUUUAAUUGAGAAGACAAUAAAGCAAUAAAUUUAAAAUUCCAAGAUAAGAAACAUAAGAGCUAUUACAACGUCAAAAUAAGUUAGCUCUGUUAACCUCACAGUUUAGCCUCCCGAUAGUUGGUCAAAAAAACUUCAUGUCCAUUUAUUGUCAAAUUAAGUAGACUGUAAAGACAUAGACAAUGCUGGCACUGAUUUUGGAAGAAUAAAAAACUAUGUGAAUAUGUUAGCACAGUAACUACCAAGCCAGGUACAGGUGACUAAUGUCCCAAUAUUUCUUGUGACUGAGCAUUAUUGUUGGACUUGUUUUAAACCAAUUUGUCACUUGCUCGAAAUUUAGUGAGGACUUGAGUCGCUUUAUAUUUGCCUGAGUAACCUGGGACUUGCUUAAAACUCGAAGGCUAAAACUUGUGAUGUAUGUAUGACUUGCACAUUUGUGACUUCCUCCCACCUCUGGUUUAAAUCAAACGUCUCGGAAGACUGAGCAACAUAUCUAACCAUUUGAAGCAAGCAAUAUUCAUUCCAUGUAUAAUAUCGGGGAGAUGCCGACUUCAGUAGACUCUUUGUAGCGGACUUGCGUUCGACUUCCUCCAGAACAAGUGCAAUAAUACGGCAGGCGGUGUGUACUCGUGCUGAGGAGACGAUCUGUUCAUGUAUUCAUGUCAGCGUUUCUUCCAUCGUUUUAACAAAGAAGAGCAAAGCUACGGGAUGUCUGCCUGUUGUGUGCCUGUUGCCUCCCUUUGACGGUGGCCUUGGCCUUGAGAAGCGCCUGAGGUCAUUUGGUAGUUCUUCUCCAAGACGGAAAACAUGAAAUGUUUCUGUUACUGCUCCAACAUAAGGUGUUUUAAUAUACUGUAAUUAAACCUAUACUACAUUAUCUGUAACAAAGACACAAUGGAAACCAAUCAAUCAGUUUUGUAAAUCAUUUCUUAAAUGCUCUUUUUAAAAGGCACCUGUUCUUUUUUUUCCCAUUGUCUCCAUACUUUUAUGACAACAUCCAUGUUAUGUAAUAAAAUGUCAUUUGGGAUAAUGACUGAAGGUGAGGAGAGGCGAUUCCAUGAUUGAUAUCCUGUUCCUGUUGUGUAGGUCUACUCCAUGAGUUUACUGUUACGAAUGAAGCGUAUGUUAUUUCUGACACUUGGUGGGUCGUGCGAAUCCCAGUAUUAAAUAAACUUUUUUUAAAAUGUU